UACUAUCUGUGAGUAUUGUUAUACCCCAAUACUGAGUACGCGACUCGCCCGAAUCAAAAGGUGUAUAACCAAUAUAGCUCUAAAAGUGUUGUGAUACAGUAUAUUUUGCGCUGUUACAAAAGUUUCAUAUCAGAAAUCAACUAUAUGAUAUCAUCUUCAGAGUCUUAAAAUGGCAGAGCAAGUGAAUUCCUUGCAAGCGGAGCAGGUCAGUCAGUACUGUGCAACCCCUGACCCAUCUACAAAGGGUUUCAUCAUGCAGCAAACAAUGUUCCGCAUUCAGGACCCUCGCAAAUCUCUCGAUUUCUACACUCGUGUGCUGGGUAUGAGAUUAUUCACGAGACUGGACUUCCCUGAGAGGAAGUUUUCUUUAUUCUUCCUUGGUUACGCCGAGGAGUCAGCUAUCCCAAAAGAUGAGACGAAGAGAAUAAGAUGGACCUUUAUGCAACCCGCCACCAUCGAGCUCAGAUAUAUCUAUGGCACUGAUACAGACGAGACGUUUACAGGUUACCAUAAUGGAAAUACAGAACCCCAGGGAUUCGGUCAUAUAGGAUUGUCUGUACCAGAUGUGUAUGCUGCAUGUGAAAGAUUCCGAACGCAAGGAGUAAAGUUUGUCAUGAAGCCUGAUGAAGGCCCGAUGAAGGGGAUGGCUUUCAUUCAGGAUCCAGACGGCUACUGGAUAGAGAUUCUGUCUGCGGAUAACCUUGCUAAACAAUGCGGUAAACCAGAAUCUACGCAUGUUUACUACUGAUGAGAUCAGAGGUGUGGCUAUGC